AUGGAUCAAUCAGUCCAGCGGUUUCUGAAUGAUAAGCUCUACGACAGGAGGAAGCAAGGAGCCUUGGAACUUGAGAAAAUUGUUCGCGACGCCGUUUUCCAGGGUGACCAGGAGAAAAUUCGGAAGAUCGUUGAGCAGCUCUGCCACGAUUAUGCUUACGCAGUGCACCAACCCCACGCCCGCAAUGGAGGAUUAAUCGGACUGGCUGCUGCCUCGAUUGCCUUGGGAUCGGAAGGAGUUGCGCCGUACUUGGGUGAGAUUGUGCCGCCGGUCCUCGCAUGCUUCUCCGACCAAGAUGCGCGAGUUCGCUACUACGCAUGCGAGAGUAUGUACAACAUUGCAAAAGUUGCCAAGGGAGAAAUAUUGUUGUUUUUCAAUGAGAUUUUUGACGCGCUGGCGAAGCUCGCAUCUGAUUCGGAGUUAUCAGUCAAGAACGGCGCAGAGCUUCUCGAUCGCCUGGUGAAAGACAUCGUCGCUGAGUCGGCAGCCUCAUAUGUAUCGAUCCUACACUUUUCUGAGAAGGACCCGCCAGACGCAGACAACCAGGAUGACCAGGAAUACCCCAUGGCGUUCUCUCUCGCUCGCUUCAUUCCCUUGCUCCAGGGGCGAAUCCAUGUGGUUCAGCCGUUCACUCGCAACUUCCUUGUCUCGUGGCUAACCCUUUUGGAUACAAUCCCCGAUUUGGAGCUUGUGAGCUAUUUACCAGAAUUCCUCGAGGGGUUGAUCCAGUUCCUUGGUGGGCCCAACAACGAUGUGAACAUCGCAACGCAGGAGUUGCUUGACCGGUUCCUGAUGGAGAUCAAGAGGAUUACAAGAUUGAAGAAGGGGAUUGAAGAAAGCCGGAAAGGCCAGAAAAGCAACAGAAACUCAGUCAACAGCAACACGGAGAGCAAUGUGACAGAGCAGAGAUCCCAGACAGAUGGUGCCCAUGAGGGCAAAUUUGACAGCGCUGUCGCAGACUCGGAGUCAGAGACGAGCCUUGAUGAUGAAAUUGCCCAAGCCGAUGGGGACUGGAUCCCGGGACAAGAUGUACACAUCGACCACCCCAAGAUCCUUAAUAUCCUCGUCGGCUUUGUCGACACUUCGUAUGAUGAGGAAAUGCAGCUGACAGCACUUCGUUGGAUCGAUUCCUUUUUCGAGAUCAGCCCUGAAGAUAUCCUUCCCUUCGUCCCGCGGCUGUUGACUCAGGUACUCCCAGCCAUUUCCAGUGGCUCGGACGGAGUGCGAAAAGCAGCAACCCAGGUCAACACGUCCCUUAUGCAGUACAUCUACUCCCUGUCUGAUGAUACAACUGAAGAGGCUCUGAUACCAGCGUCAAAGAUCCCUUCUGCUACAGCCAGCAAAGAUAUCUUAGAACGAAAGUCUUCCACUCCCGGAAUGAGGCCUUCAGAAACGGCCAGCGGUGAUACGAAGAAGCCAAUAGCACAGGAUAACUCCGUUGCGGCCACACCACGCAGUAGCGUUGUUUCUACGCCGCUGCCUGCUGUCGACCUUGAUUAUGCUGCUGCUGUCAACUCCCUUACUUUACAAUUCCUCAAUGAAAAUGAAGCUACUCGAGUUGCAGCCCUUGUAUGGCUCAUCAUGCUACACCGGAAAACCCCGCGGAAAGUGGUUGCUUUCAAUGAUGGUACCUUCCCGGCUUUGCUCAAAACGCUAUCCGAUCCUUCGGAGAUUGUUGUGAUUAAAGAUCUACAGCUCCUUUCGCAAAUCUCAAGACACAGCGAGGAUACCUACUUCACCUCUUUUAUGGUGAAUCUGUUACAGCUCUUCUCAACAGACAGACAUUUACUCGAAGCGCGCGGUAAUCUGAUCAUCAGGCAGCUUUGUUUGAACUUGAGCCCAGAGCGGAUCUAUCGAACUUUGGCAGAUUGUCUCGAGAAGGAAGAGGAUCUUGAAUUUGCGAGCAUCAUGGUCCAAAACUUGAAUAACAACCUCAUAACUGCGCCCGAGCUCUCGGAGCUGAGAAAGCGCUUGAGGAACCUUGAUUCAAAAGACGGACAAGCCUUCUUCGUUGGGCUCUUUCGAUCAUGGUGCCACAACGCUGUCUCCACAUUCUCCCUCUGUCUUCUUGCGCAGGCCUAUGAGCAGGCUUACAAUCUUCUUCAGAUCUUUGCCGAGUUGGAAAUGACAGUUAAUAUGCUGAUCCAAAUCGACAAGCUGGUGCAAUUACUCGAGUCGCCAGUAUUCACACAUCUCCGCCUCCAACUCCUUGAACCUGAGAAAUACCCCUUCCUCUACAAAUGCCUUUACGGCGUCCUUAUGCUCCUCCCCCAGAGCUCCGCCUUCGCCGCGCUCAAGAACCGUCUGAACAGCGUCAGCAACAUUGGAUUCCUCCACGGCGGACCCCGCAGGUAUAGCUCCCGCCCUGCGCCUUUUGCCAUGAAACUUGCUGAGAACUCCCCCUCCCCUAGCGCCCAAACAGCCCCUACAUCCUUCGACCGCCCCACCGGAGCCCGCCUGAAACCCCGCGACGAGAACGCCAUCCGCUGGGUCGACCUCCUUGACAAGUUCAAGGCCGUCCAGGAACGCGCCCGUCGCUCACAGACCAAUCAGUCUCUGCGGAAUUCCUUCGACCAAACAGGCCCCUUACUCAGCCCCUCCAUCACAGCUGCUCUUUCCGCCGCAGCCACAGAACGCCCCAAGGACCGAUCCGGUCUCCCUGAUGUCCCGCGCGGCGCUCCGGGUGGUCCCACUAACCCUGCUGGCGGGAACGCCGGACUGGGAGGUGCUGCUGGCAAUGUUGCCGGUCGUGCAGUGGAUCCAAAGGCUGGGUCGCCGACGACUUUGGGGUCCGCGCAUAAACAUAAGUCAAGUCUGCCUAAUUUGGGACGGCUGGGCAUUGGAGGACGUAAAUCUAAGAAAUAG